UCUUUUUCCAAGUACAUUCAUGGCUGUAUUCUUACUCUUCCUUUUAUCAUCUGUAUCCUGUUUAGCUACAGCAUUAGCUCAACAAAGCCAUCUAAAUAUAAGCCUUGGUUCUUCUCUAACACCUACAGGCAACUCAUCAUCAUGGUCGUCGCAUUCAGGUCUAUUUGCCUUUGGUUUUUACCAGCAAGGCAAUGGCUAUGCUGUUGGGAUAUAUCUUGCGGGAAUCCCUGAAAAAACUGUAAUAUGGACAGCCAACAGGCUCAGCCCUGUUUUUCCAAGCAAUGUUUCGCUGGUGUUAUCGAGCGAUGGAAGGCUCAUUUUGCAGCACACACAGGGCCAGGACAUCGUUAUUGCUGAUCCUUCUGAAAGCAUUUCUUCGGCUUCGAUGUUGGAUUCAGGAAACUUUGUCCUAUACAAUUCUGAUAAGAAAAUUGUAUGGCAGAGUUUUGAGGAUCCGACGAACACUUUGUUACCUGGUCAGCAGCUGGCAACUGGUCACGAGCUGUAUUCUAGUGCGUCAGAAACUGAUGAUUCGAUGGGGAUUUUUCGGAUAAAGAUGCAGGAUGAUGGAAAUCUGGUGCAGUAUCCUGUGAGAAAGCCAGGCUCAUCUGGAUAUGCCUACUAUGCAUCUAACACAUUCGGAAAUGGUGUCACUCUGAAUCUGGAUGGUGAUGGCCAUCUCUACUUGAUCAAUUCAAGCUUAACUAUAUUGUCUAAUCUAACCAAAGGAGGAUAUCCUCAAGAUGGAAGAGUAUAUAUGGCAAAAAUUGAUGUGGAUGGCAUAUUUCGAUUGUAUUCAUACUCUUCAAAUCAAGGCAACAGGUCCAUCUUGUGGGAAUCUGUGGAGGAUAAAUGUGCUCCUAAAGGCCUAUGUGGGCCUAAUGGUUUCUGUACCAUGAUGGAUAAUGUUGCUGAAUGCAGAUGUCCUCCUGGAUUUGACUUUGUAAAUCCAGGAAAUUGGAGUUCAGGCUGUGAGAGAAAUUUUACUGCAGAAAGUUGUAAAUCUAAUAGUAUUACCAAUGUCAAGUACGAGAUUAGAUCAUUGGCAAAUACGGUAUGGGAAGAUAAUACAUUUGCUACAAUGGAAACAAGCACACAAGAAGACUGUGAAAAGCAGUGCCUUGAUGAUUGCAACUGUGAAGCAGCAUUUUAUAAAGAUGGAGAAUGUAGAAAACAAAGGCUCCCAUUGACAUAUGGGAAAAGGACAAGUGACUCGAAUGUCGCUCUGGUCAAGGUGGGUACACUUGCAUCCAUCAGUGAAAGUGUAAUUCCCAGUAGUCCUCCAAAAAGCAUCAAAAAAGAAAUUCGUGUGGAUAUCCUAGUUAUUGGGAUUUCACUUGCUGUUUUUGGAGUCAUGAUCUCUGUAACUGCAGGGGUUUAUGUUCACAGAAAUCAGGUGCGAGCCUAUAAGAAAAUAACGCAAAGUGGAAAUGUGGAAUUUGUGGAGGAUGCGGCUCCAAAAGCCUUCACCUUUGCUGAACUGGAGGUAGCAACAAAUGAUUUCAGAGAAGAAUUGGGCAGAGGAGCAUUUGGUGCUGUAUACAAAGGGGUUUUGCCAAAUUCAGGGAAAGUAGUUGCUGUGAAAAAACUAGAGAAAGUAUUAGUAGAAGGGGAAAAGGAGUUUCAAAAUGAAAUCAGAGUAAUCGGGAGAACACACCACCGCAAUCUUAUCCAGCUGCUUGGCUACUGCCUUGAUGGAAAUAAAAGGCUUCUGGUGUAUAAAUAUAUGAGUAAUGGGUCAUUGGCGGAUAUUCUCUUCAAGCGAGAAAAUCAUCCUUGGUGGGAUGAAAGAAUCAGAAUUGCUUCUGACGUUGCAAGAGGAAUUCUUUAUUUACAUGAAGAGUGUGAGACACAGAUCAUCCACUGUGACAUCAAACCUCAAAAUAUACUAAUGGACGACAGCAGGUGCGCGAAGAUAUCGGACUUUGGAUUGGCAAAGCCAUUAGAUCAUGACAGGACAAGAACUUAUACUGCGGUAAGAGGAACAAGAGGUUAUGUUGCACCAGAAUGGCAUCGUAAUUUGCCAGUGACAGUUAAAGCAGAUGUUUACAGCUAUGGAAUAGUGCUGCUAGAGAUCAUAUGCUGUCGAAAGAAUGUAGACUCUAGGUUUCCUGAGGAACAAUCCAUUCUUGAAGUGUGGGCUUAUGAUUGUUUCGUGGAUGGUGAACUCCAUAAACUAGUGGGGGAGGAAGAGGCAGUUGACAUGACAAAGCUAGAAAGAAUGAUCAGAAUUGCUUUGUGGUGCAUCCAGAAUGAGCCGACACUCCGACCAUCCAUGAAGAAAGUUGUUCUUAUGCUAGAAGGGACUGUUGAUGUUCCAGUUCCUCCCAGUCCAGAUUCUUUUUUCAGUGCUAUGUAAUUGUAUUUCAUUUUCCUAGCAUCUCUUCUUUUCUUCUGUUGUAUUAUCUCCUGUUAUGUAUGAUGAUAUUAAACUUUUGUUCUUGGUCUGUCA